AUGGGCAUUUUCAAGAAGCUGCUGGCGGCGGCGAAGAAGAGGCUGGCUCCGAACGAGAAGCUGCGGCUGAGCUGGAACGAGGGUAGCGUGUGUUGUUUGAUGGACAGGGAGGGGGUCCUGGUCUAUUGUGUGGUGACGUCGUUGGUCACCUACCCAGAGCGACUGGCCUACCAGCUGUUGUACGAUUUAGUGGUCGCGGUAAACGCCUUGGACCAGUCGGAGGUUCUGCAAUGCGGGGAGAACGCGCUGACAGGAAAGCUCAUGCAGAGGAUGAAGGAACUGGUCAAGCAGUACGAGGACAGACCCCAACAACUUCCCGAUGCUCCAGCGGGCGAUGGACCCCCUGCAGGUCAGCUCCAGCGGCGGCAGAGACUUCGCCCACGGCGGGGACGCGCGCCUCAGCGACAGACGGACGGAGGAAGCUCAUGA